GGCAGUUGAGCCGAACGGAAAGAACCAAAAAAUAACCAGACAAUGAGCUUAACGCUUCUCCAGGGCUACUCCUCCGCUGAGGACGACGACGAUCCCGCCGCCGGCGCCGGCGCUGGCACCGAGCUGAGCGAGUCUGGUGAUUCGUCAGCCGAGGAAGCCGGAUCGGACGAAGACGAGGAGUCCGCUCCUCCAAAGCCGCCCCCCAAGCUCCGCCGCCGACCAAACCCUAAGGGGGGAGAUGCCGGCGGCAGCGACGGGGGCUCCUUGCUGCCCUCCGCGCUGGAGGCCUUCGCUGAUGUCUCGGGACCACCAGAUUUUUUGAGGCACAGGGUUGCCGAGCCAGAGGAAGGGACGGAGGCCCUCGGUGUACUCGAUCGCCGUGGGAAAGAGGGGAGCAAACAGCCGCCUCCAGGUGCUGUUGUGGUGGCAAAACCACAGAUAGUUGCUAUCCGCGAGCGAGUUACCACAACUGGAGCCAACCCCCCAGGUUCAGUGACAGCUGGUUCUAUUGAUGGAAAAAGAGUAAUAGGUGCUGCAAAUCCUGGGCCAGAAGACGCAGCUGAUCUUCUAAGGAUGUGUCUACAAUGUGGUGUACCAAAGACCUAUUCACAUGGAAAGGGUAUGGUGUGCCCUCAGUGUGGUGGUAGACCGAUGCAGACAAAAGAGCCCGAAAAGAAGAAGGGUUCCACUGUCAAAGACAAGGAGAAGGUCAAGAGGAUGAGGGGGCAAUCGUCACAUGCAUCAUGGAAGAGUGAAACCGAGAUGGCUCUUCGGCAACAAUUCGACUGAUAACUAGUUAGGGUGCCCAAUAUUUAGAUGGAGUACUGGGUAAACUGUACGCUGCGAAAACCUUUUUUAGCUCUGUGUAAUGUACCAUAUGAUGUCCUUUGUGCCUCACACUAGGUUCCAGAAAGCCAGAACCAACGCUGUGUUUGUUUGUAUCUGCUGCUUUAAUUUUUCAGCCAUUUUGCGCUUGCGUUGGCGCGCCUUUUGCAUUUUAGCCCUUUUAGUGUUUUUUUCACAAUUA